AGGUCUAACAAUGUGCCAGGCUAACGUAUAUUAAUACGUGAUAUGUAACAUAUUUAGGUUAUAUUCACACGAAGAUUUACAUCUACAUCUUGAAUGAAAGUUAAUAAGUGACUAUUUAUUUUUAGUUUCUUUUUUUUUUUCUUCAGUGACAGACUAUCUGUUGGUCAAUGUCAGUAUGAUCAAGCCUCUGGAGACUACUACGACAUCCAAUUACACGGUCGACAACACAACACAAUUCCCAUCCGUUGACACAACCCAGACAACUCAAUACACCACAGCAACGUCCCCUAUCGUUACUACUGCAACAGAAAACGCCAUCAACACCUCACUAGCCUCUGUCAAUGAAACAACCCAGGAAACCCAAUAUACCACUAGCAUUUUCCAAACAACCCACACUGGAAUUACCCAGGAAACAGAAUACGCCACAAAGAAUCUGACCCUAACUCCACGUCCUGUGCUCAAAGGACUAACAGUUGACUGUGACCCGGUGUUCCCUGUAAAAGUAGAAUCUAUCGUCAAGGCAAACGUGACGUUUGGGUUGAAUGUAACUUUUAAAUUUCAGAUAACCUUAGCCUCCAGUACUGUAGCUUGCAAUCAAACCAUCAUCAACAGUUUGUCAGCGAUGGCCAGUUUCACUCCAUUGUCCUUAGGUCGGUACACUCUUCGUGUAACAGUCACGUCAUCAUGUCUAGAGAAACUGGAAAAAAAUGUUUCGUUUGCAGUCAUUUCUCCUAUAGAGCCAAGUGUUAUAGAUUUAAGUUAUGAACCUUCAGAUCACAGAAGUAGUACUGGUGUUUUCUAUCCUAAAGAUCUCGUUGGCAUAGCGUUGAAAGUUGUCAAUACAGCAACUUAUAGCUCUGACAGACCAUCUACACCAAACUGUACCAUGGACUGGGGUGAUGGCACCCCCGAAAUUCAAACUUAUGACGUCGAUUUAAGGCCAGACACAAAAACCUUGUAUAUUUACACCAAAAAUUAUAUCUACACUGAAGUAGGAAAAUAUACAGCCUCAGUGAUGUGCGAAAAUCCUAUUUCAAAAGUUCAAGGUCAGGUCACAUUUCAAAUAGUGUCUCCAGCUAUUCACUCUUCUGUUGAAGUCUUAAGAAAUCCAGAACCUUAUCCUGUUGAUGGAAACGCCGUUGGGUCAAUCAAGAUUAUCCAAAAUUGUUUAAAAGGGGAUUAUCCUGAUUUGUUGAUUACUAUAGAUUUCGGGCCUGGAGAAUCCAAUGAGUCCUUCACAUUUUCAGAAAAUAAAACAUUAGUUGAGCAUACGUUUGUCAGAAGAGGGAAUUACCGAAUCAAUGUGACCUUCGAUUCCUUUAAUAUGUCGCACUCUUCAGUGGUGAGUCUACGCAUUGGAGUCUUGGUUGAUUUUUAUCAAGAAAAACAUCGCUCUAUGGUUAGAAUCAACGAACAGACAAAAUUCAAACUUGUUAGAUAUUUGUGGGACUCAACUCUAAUAGUAGACAUCGAUAUGGAUCCAGAACUAUCCAAUGCAACAAUGCCACCAGAUGUAAGCGUAGUUGAUAUCAAUGUCACUUACUCCGGUGUAGGAAUGAAGAGAGUUACGGCCAGCACUGAAGUGUACAAUAUUACAGAAGAAAUUUACUGUGACUUUGAAACAUACGUGCCAUGUAUUUCAACCAUUGACUUGUUUGAAUCAACCUACAGAGACCCGACAACGCCAUUAAAAGCCUGGCUGACAACGCUUCCUAAAAUUAGCGGCAGGUCUGAAAGAACCAGUGCCUGCGACGAAUCGGAUCAGUUUAAUAUAACAUGGCAGGUCUGGAAGAACACUUGGGAGUUGCCUCCAAAUCUUACAUUGAGUCAUCAAGACUUAGUUAAAAAUUAUACAUGGAUCAAAGAAGACAUUACCCAACCUAAAGCUAUUGUUAUGGAUUUUGUCUAUAUCAAAUCAUCAGGUCUGUAUAAACUUGAACUAAACAUUUCUGUUAUUGGUAAAAGGGAGAAGGAAUCAGACGAAAUGUAUUUAGAAGUUGGACCUCCGCCUCUUGUGGUCAAGAUAGAUAAAGGAAUAUACAGACAAGUCAUAAUUGGCAAGGAGUUGCUACUGGACGCUAUUUCAGUGUCUUAUGAUCCACCGUUGUCUCCUGCAGACAGUGAGUUAUCCUUUUCCUGGUCUUGCUACAAACUGUCACAUCCUGAAAGUAUCACAAGAUAUGCCUUGCCUUAUUACCACAACGAUCUCAGCUACAGACAGCUGCCAACGUGUAACGCCAUAAUUACACCAUCAGAAGGCAAGAUGACUAUUAGUACGACGGCGUUCCGAGUGAACGAGUUAAUACUCUUUGAAGCUAUUAUAACAAAGGACAGCCGUUUUGAAAUAGCCACCCAAACUGUCGAACUAUUAGAUUCCGAUAUUAUUGAAGUCUUUAUAAAAUGUAUUUGGAACUGUGAUAGAAAACUCAGUACAGAAGACAGAACUGUGUAUGAAGCAGAAAUAAAUAAGUGUUCCAGGUGCACUUUCAGAGAUGUAUAUGAAGCCCACUAUAAAUGGUCUGUGUAUAAAUAUGAUCCUCAAGGAUUUUCACUUCAAGAGAUUCCUGACACUUACUGGGGAACAAAAAUAACAUCAAACCAAAAUAGCAGCAGAUUCGAUACAGAAGGUGGCUGGUGGGAAGAGGCUACCACUUACCUUAUAGUUCUUAAUAUUAAGGUCAGCAAUUAUGCUGAAUCCAAAGCCAUGCAUGUUGUGUAUACCAAUGUUAAGCCUUAUGGUGGGACAUGCACUGUGAAACCAUCUAGUGGAAAAGCUUUAGAAACUAUCUUCUCAUUUAAAUGCACUGAUUGGAAGGAUGAAGAGAUGCGACCCACGAAGAGUCAACUGGAUACAAAUUUUGGUCUACAGUAUUCAGUUUAUCAGACAACAUCUGCUGGAUUUCAGUUGGUUUAUUUUGGAAGUGAGAUUGAAGCCUCAACUCUAUUAUCUGAAUGCCCAAACUCUGCAUUAACUUGUGGAGUGGUUGUAAAUAUUAUAGACAUUUUUAGGACCAGAGUUAAUUAUACUCUCAAUGUUCAGAUCACACCAAAAUAUAACCAGCCAACUAUUUCAAGUUCCUCUGCCAGUGAGAGUGUGGAUGAUAUUACGUUUGAUAUGAUGAAGAAAAUGAACUCCAGUAUAAGUGUCAGAGAUUCUCUCAAAAUUGCUAAAAGAGCAGCAACUCUGACAUCUUCCCUCUCAUCUAUGACUAAAUCUGUAAGUCAAGAUCAAGUAACGACUACUACCACAGUAAGUCCUUUGAAUAAUCCAGUGGACUCAUCCUUUUCUGAGACUGCAACAAACCUAGUAGAUAUAGUUGGAGUUAUAAUUGAUAAUUAUCAUGCCAGAUCUCCUGAAGAAAUACAAAUGAUGGCUAACUCCAUGUCAGUUCUGACUAAUGACACAAAACUGAUGACAACUGAUUCAAUGGAGACAGCUUCAAAUGCUGUACAGACUUUGUCCAGUAAAAUACAAAAUAUGGAUUCCAAAUUGCCAGACUUAAAUCAUUGCAUGGAGGAAAUAACAGAUGUUAUCCAUAAUAUCGUAGAGUUCCAGUCAAUAGACAUAAAUAAGCUCUUUUCUGAUAUUAAACUGAAGGCUUUGGAGCAGGGACUCAGUGACUUAGAAGCUCAGAGUUUCAUAGAAUCAGAGACAAUGAAAUUUGAACUUCAAAUUUAUGAAAAAUCUGGACAGAUUGACAGCAUUGCUAGCAAUAUUACAUCCUCAUGGGAUCAACUUCUGACAGUGCUGCCUAAAAUGGAAGACCCUACUGGAAAGUUUAAUAAAACUAAACCAAGUUAUUUGAUGAAAACCCAAAAGACCACUAUUGCUGACGUCAAAAACUCAACAGAAUACAGUCCACCUCUGGGGUUUACUUUUGAUGGGCUGGAUGUUGGUGAGGAGAAUUUGUCUCCCAUGGUUGUUAAGGCUGUGAAGACCAAGAAUAUAUUUAUACAAGGACAAAAUUCUAAAUUUAUCAAUGCUGACAUCAUUAUUGGUUCUGUUGACGACAGUGAUGGUAACAAAUUGAAUUUAUCAAGUCCUAAGGUCAUCCAUGAGACAGAAGAAAGUAACUGUAGCAUGUCAGAAGCUUUAGAAACAAUAAAUCCUCAAUUUAUUGAUGGUGAUGCCUCUCAAAUGUUUUAUCACCAAUUUGAAUACACACAAGCUCAUUUAUUCUUCUGCUUGAAAUUGCGCCCUUUCAACCCUUUGCUUGCUUACACCUUGUAUUUAAGAAUGGACAUUGAGCCAACUGAUAUAGUCUAUGACAAGAAAAAGCAGUUGACCAUUAAUAUGUUCCAACCUUGUGAAGAAAUUUGUUUUCCACCAAAUACAUUUUCAAGAGUUGGGACUGUUUAUGUUGGACUAAAGCCUUCUUUAAAUGAAACAGCCCUUAGGUUAAGUACAAACAUUCAAAAGAGAUCAGAUUCUUACAAUUUAAAUGAUGCAUAUUUAUUUGGUGUGACAACAUCUGCAUGUUUCUCAUGGAAUGAUACAAUCAAAGACUGGCAAACUGAUAAGUGUAAGCUGACUAAAGAAAAAGGCAAUGUGGUGUGUACCUGUGGAGAUGGAAAAGAAAUAAUUAGUGCAGUCUCUUUUAAUUUUGAACCCAAUACAAUUCACUUUGGUACUGUCUUCAGCAAGUUUGACAUUAAAGCUCAAGGCAUAGUCUUUGGUGUACUGAUCACUUUGUAUGUAAUGUUUACCCUGACAGGAUUUUGGGCUCACUAUAUGGACAAAAAAGGAAUGCUUCAGUGGGGCGUGUUCCCAUUGGUUGACAACUAUUGUCAUGACACAUACUUCUACCUGAUCACUGUCCACACUGGGCUCAGAAGGUCUGCUGGGACAAAGUCAAAUGUUUACUUCUGUCUAUCUGGACAAGACAACGAGUCUGGCAUCAGAAAGUUAUCAGAUGGAAUUAAAGAAGGUUUCCCAUCUGGCAGUGUGUGCCAUUUUGUCAUGGCCUGUGAAGAAUGUUUAGGGGAUUUACAAUGUAUAAAAAUCUGGCAUGACAACUCAGGUAAAGGUAAUGAGGCUACAUGGUAUUUGGAUCAAAUCGACAUUGUGGACUUACAGACUGCUAAAAGCUAUUUUUUUGUCUGUGGGGAAUGGCUGUCACCAGAAUAUUCAUUAGAAACAUCCAUAGCUGCUUCUUGUGUUGAUGAACUGGAAACAUUGAAGAAUCUAUUUUUUUCUAAUACAAAAAAGCAUCUCACAGAUGACCAUAUAUGGCUAUCUGUUUUCAUUAGACCACAGAAUAGCCGGUUCAGCCGAGUUGAAAGAUCUCUGUGUUGCCUUGCAUUCCUUUUUCUUGCCAUGAUAACUAGUGCUAUGUUUUAUACUGGAGUUCCAGAUGCUAGCCGAAAACAGCCAAAAGUAGAUUUUGAAAUAGGACCCUUAAGAUUAGGAUACCAGCAGAUGUACAAUUCAUUUCUCUCUGCAUUGAUAACAGCCAUCCCUAUGCUGAUAAUAAUGAUGAUAUUUAGAAAAGCCAGAACUAAAUCAGACCCACCUGUGGCAGGUUGUUUGGGAAAAAACAAAGUUACAGAAAGUAAACAGAGUCACAUUGAAGAAAUUUCAGGUAACAAGAAUAAAGAGACUAAUGUAAAGAAAAAAUGUUGCCAAUGUUCCUUGCCUUGGAUGGUUAAAUUAGAAAAACAGUUGGAGGCAAUGGACAAAAUAUUAUUGAUUAAAUCUAGUUCUGAAGAUCUGAAAGGCACAUGGCCCCAACCAUUUCGUUACUUUGCCUGGGUUUUAGUGGUUCUGACUGUUUUAGUCUGUAGUUUCUUUGUGAUACUGUACAGCAUGGAGUGGGGACAAGAUGUAACCAAAGAAUGGCUGACUACUUUCAUUCUAGCUUUUUUACAGUCUCUCUUUGUGCUGGAUCCUUUUAAGGUUUUAGUUAUUUCAGUCAUUCUUGCUUUGUUGGUGAAAAAAGUCAAACAGAGGAGUUUACAUGAGUUAGAUUUAUCUCUCAUUUCUGAAGUCAACAAGGAGUAUGGGUUGAAAGAAAAUCGUGACAUCUCUUCUAAUUUGAUGGUCCAAUCAGCUCCAUUGUCACACUCAGUCUUAAAGAUGGCGACACUGAGACGCAAAAUUUAUGUGAUGAUAAAAAAUACCUUGACAGAGUUCCUUAUUCAUGCAAUUUAUCUGUUGAUAGUCAGCAGUCUAUGUUAUACUAAUCACAGCACUGACGCUUAUCAUUUGUAUAAAGUUAUUAACGACCAACUCAUUACAGAUACUACAGCUGGUUUUAUGAAUAUUAAAUCAAGUGGAGAAUAUUUUGAAUGGUUAACAGAAAGUCUAACACCAUGGCUACUUCCAGAGUUAAAUAGAAAUCUUGAUGAAAGUAAUAAAGAUAAACAUUUAUAUACAGAAGUGAAUGAUAUCUAUCUUAUGGGAGCAGCAAGAAUGAGACAAUUGCGUAUUCAAAAAGUGAACUGUUCCUUGUUAGACAAAAAACUCAAAAUCUGUAUUCCAAGUUACAAUUCUGGUGUUGAAGAAACUGAUAGUUUCUGUUUGGGAUGGAAGCCAAAACCUUGUUCUAAGUUGGAGACUUUUAAAAUGUUGUCCAGUAAAGCUUGGACUUACAAAUCACCACAAGAAAUUUGGGGUCUUCCUAUAGAUGGGUCAUACAGUGCUUACAGUGGAGGAGGAUAUGUGUCCAAUUUACUUAUUAAUGCCAAGCUGACUUGGGCUCUCAUAAAAGAAUUAAAAGAACAAGCUUGGAUUGAUCAACAAACUAGAGCUGUGUUCUUGGAGUUUACAGUUUACUGUCCUAACAUCAACCACUUUGCUGUUGUUAUUCUUCUAGCAGAGUUUACAGAAAUAGGAGGAAUUGUUCCAUUUGUUAAUGUGUAUCCAUUCACUGUCCACAACCCCUCAGGUCAUCUUGGAACUUAUGUCCAACUGUGUCAAAUCACUGGGAUAGUCUUAACAAUACUUGGUGUCAUGUAUGUUGUCUUUAUAGUUGGCAAGAAAAAAUUGUCUGCAUUUAAAGAUAUUUGGUUUCUACUGGAUAUGACUGCUGUCAUCUUAGCAUUGUGUGCUGUCAUUAUGUUCUUGCUACGACUCAGUUAUACAAAAUCUGCUUUGAAAAAGAUGUCAGAAAACCGAAGAAACUACAUCAACUUUUACCAAAUAGUUGUCUGGGACUCAGUGUACACUCUAUGUCUGGCGUUUCUUGUUGCCAUUGGUUACAUGAGAAUGUCUAAACUUGCCAGUUACUCAGACAGAACUAUGAAAGUGUUUAGCGUCCUGUCUAAUGCAGUGAAAAUAUUCCCAAGUUUCUUUUUCUUCAAUGUUAUAGUACUAUUUGGCUUUAUAGCUACAGGAUGUGCUCUAUUUGGAAGAACAAGCUAUUAUUUUAAAGACCUUUGGACCACUGCGGAGACACUUUUCACUGGUUUACUUGGACGAUCAAGCUUUAGAGAUACCAAUUUGCCCUAUUCAGACCAGUGGAUGACAAUCCUUUACUUUUGUUUGUUUGUGUUUAUUGUUGUUAUUUUUUUGACCAACUACUUCAUUGCAAUCCUCAUGGACUUACUUGUCAGUGAUGAAAGGACUCGCCAGAAUAUGGAAUCCACCAAAAUUUUUAUUGUCUUGUGGGACUCAUUUUUGAACUUGUUUGGGAGAAGAAGAGACCCUACUGACAGGUUACAGGAUCUCAUUCAGGAUGAUAUGUUGGAGGAUGAAGAGAAAUCAACUGACAUACAAGACAUAAUGGUCAAAUUCCAGAGAAAAUUUCAAAGGUUAAUCAAUGGACUCACCACAGAUAUCAAUCCUUAUUUAAGAACAAAGGAAAACUUUUCUGCCCUGAAUGAAUCAUUGACCAGGGGUAUUUUUAAGUGACUUUGAAAGGAUAGAAUAUCAAAAGUUAGGGAUGAUUGGCUUAUUUUAUUUGUCACUCGUUUGAAUAUACUUUGUUUGGCAAGCUUAAAGGGAGGACUGUAAAAGGAGUUCCCUCAGAAACCUUUUUUUUAAAUCUAAAGUCACCAGGCUGCCUUAACUGGCAUAGUGAAGAACAGCUGGCAGCUAUUGGUUCCAAAAAGCUGAAGAUCUCUUAGGCCCAGAUACACAUCUGAGACCAAAAGGAAACUUAUUGUUGAUAACAGGUGUGAAUGAUGAAAAGAGAACUUGUAUCAACCAUUGGCAGACUUUAAGACCAAUCUUAUAAUAUGUAGUGUAAUUCUUUAAACAUUACUUUUUUUCAAGUCUAAUUUCUGUAAUAUUUUUUUUUACAUUAUAUCAACAAGUCUAUACAUCCUUUGAGAUCUGUUUUUAUGUGCUCUUUUGUAGUGUAGAAAUAAGAUAUUUUUGUUAAAUAACCAUAAUACUAUACCAAAAGAUUAUUUAUGUAUGUUUCUACAUUAACUAUCUUUCAAACCAAAAUGCUGAGUUAAUAUAGACAGGAGACAUGAUUUUACAGUACACUAAUUCAGAAUAUAUUGACAGAAUGAAAGACAGUAGAGAUGAUAUAUAAAUGAAAACAAAGAGAAAGCGUACAUAUCAACAUAUUUUCUCCCAAACUAGAAAGAAAUCAUAAAUGUGUUACUGUCUUAUAAAAAUUGUUCAGGUCUUUUGGCAGGCUGUUUGUUCAGUUCUAUACGUAGAUCUUUUUGCUCUGAACUUUUCUUCGUAAAUAUAAAAAACUAAAGUUUCCUUUUCAGACCUUGCAAUCUAUAGGGCAGAUGAUGUUAAGGUCAUCUGUUUCUUCGACCAAUGGUUAACGAGUAGCUAGUCAUGUGUCCAGCACAGCAAACAACUGCCUUUACUUUCUUCAACCCAUUAGAGUUGGGUGGACUCAGGGGAGCCCUAAAAAUACCAAAAUUCAAAAGCCAGUCUGCACCAGGAUUUGAAUCUAGGACCCCAGGUUUAGAAGCCAACCCCCCCCCCCUUCAUAAAUAUAUUUUGUUUUUCCUGUGAAUCUUUUUCUUCUUCUGUCUGGUUCAAAUUUUGUUCACUUUAUUUUCUCCCACCUCCCAUUGUCAUAUAAAGUUGAAACUUUGCACAAUUAUUCAUUGUCAAAGAAUUAACCAAUUAGGUAAUUAAUUUUUGUUUUUAUAGAUAAAAGAGAUAAAUCUUGCAGUAUUAAGAUAUGGCAGUAAUUGCAUACUUUUUUCCACUGUUUAAGCUUUGUUUUUAAUUUUUUUUUUUUUAUUAUAGGCUACUUGUAUCAUUUUAUGUAUUGUAUAAGUUUACAUAUGAGUAACUUUAGUAAUUUUCAAAAUAAUAAAUCUAUUGUAUUAUGUGAAGGAGUAAGAUACUGAUACAAAUACAAAUUUAACAUUUGAUUAAUUAUUAUGAGUGCAUAAAUUGCAUCUAAAGUCUAUACUCACAUCUGAAUCGAUCUUAAACACUUUAAUAUUAAAAAAAAACAUCUUAUUUAUCAUUUCAUUUUUGUAAACACUUGUAAUAUUUUU